AUGAGCGUGAAUCUCUCCACGCAAACACUGCAAUUCCGCUUGGCGCCGAUCAACCAGGCGCCUGAGCCGUCGAUUCUCAUGUUUCCGACGCUUUUGUGCCAGAUUUUCAAUGUCUGCACCCGUCAUCCAUUGCCGAUCAUUUCCGAUUCAUCGAUGAAAAGCACCGUUGUGCUCGUUGGUGAAGACGCUGAAUUGUUGUGUAAAGUGACGGAUUUAGGAAGGCAUAAAGUAGCUUUUGCACGAGCCGGUCAACCGCCCCGUUUGAUCUCGUUUGAUGAAAAAAUCUUUCGAAACGUUCAAAAGUAUGAGUUACGAUCUCGUGGUGGACCGCAAGCUGACGAAUGGACUCUAGUGAUCAGAAAUGCGAAGGAAGAAGAUCGAGGCAAUUACACCUGUCAAGUCAACACCGAUCCCGUGAUCUCGAAAAUGGCGGUGGUUGAGUUGAAAAUUCCUCCAUCCGUCUCGCGAAACACUCCGUCGGCUGUUGAGGUACGCGAGGGACACAAUGUGACACUCAAUUGCAAGGCUGAAGGCACCCCGGAACCGUCUGUAAUCUGGCGGAGAGCCGAUCGACAAAUCAUUCGUUUCAAUGGAGCCACUGGAUAUGGAGCAACAAUUCACAAAGGAGCACAAUUGGAUUUGAUUCGCGUCUCGCGGAAACACAUGGCCGAAUAUGUUUGCGUCGCGUCAAAUGGAAUCCCGCCGGAUGAGAGUUGGACGGUCAGACUCAUGGUCACUUUUGUGCCGCAUGUGCUCGCCAAGCACGACACCGUCUCAGCAAAGCGCGGAUCAGUCGCUCGUUUGGUUUGCGAUGUGGAAAGCUGGCCUCGACCUGAGGUGACAUGGGAGAGAAAUGGAAAUUUCAUAUUUGACUCCGAUCACUAUGCAACAAGUCAAAUCGUCUCACAGCCUUAUCAUACUUCCCAUAUUCUCGAGAUUCGAAAAGUUGAUAUCGAUCAUUAUGGAAAUUACAGGUGUAUCGCCAAGAAUGAGAACGGUCACCACCAUGCGGAUAUUCAUUUGCAAACCGAUCCCGACUACGAUGGAAAUCACGUGAACACGGGCACAAUGGAGGGUGGAGCUGAUGAUGAGGAUAAUCGAGUUGAGAGUUACGGAGAUUCGACAAGAGAUCGAAAUGUGAGGAAUGGAGGAGAAAAUGAGGAGAAAAGGGAUCAAGAGAUCAAAGCAACAGAGUUGAAACAAGCACUCCCAUCAGUCUCAAGAAGUGUAUUUCAACUUGCGGCUCUUUCCCUGUUCAUUUUGAUGCUCUGG